AUGGUUUUCCUCUCGAAGCAGCUGUGGUUGCGGCACCAUAUCACUGACAACUACUGGUGGAUCCAGGAGGUGCUGAAGCAUGCCCAGCACUUUCGAGCAAGGAAGAAUCCGUGCUAUCGGUUGGCGAUCCGAGCUGUGAUUGGAGCCUUUGUGAAAUGCACAGAAGCACGGAAACUGAAGAAGGGAAACAUGAGGGCUCUCUGGAUCAAUCGAAUCACAGCUGCCUCCCAGGAGCAUGGCCUGAAGUGCCCAGCUUUGGUUGGCAAUUUAGUUAAGUGUCAGGUGGAGCUCAACAGGAAAGUGUUUGCCAACCUGGCCAUCUAUGAGCCAACGACUUUUAAAUCUUUGGCGUCUUUAGACAAAAGGAGGCGAGAAGAGGGAUUUGCUGCUUCCCUCUACAGACCUCUGGAAGCGAAGGGUCCAGCCUCCCCUCCUAGUAGGACAGGUCCACAGACUGGUUAG